UUAUGAUCCAAACCCAUUUACAUCAAACCCAAACCUGUUUAACUUCGUGUCGAGUCGUAUCAUUUAAUCGUGUCGUGUCUAAAAUUGCCAGGUCUAAACAAAACAAUACAUCAGUAUUACAGUAAUUCUUUUAUAAUUUUAUUGUAUAGGGUGAAAUUUCUUCUUUAAUCAAUAAAUAGAUGGACAAUGUAUAAUGCCCGGCUCUACCUUGUCUGAUUACUUAUCCGAAUUAAUUUUUCUUCCUCCCUGUAAAUAAGCGCCCACUUACUGUCUGCACGCAAGCUGUUCGAUCAAAUGCCUGAGUGAUUAAUCUUCCCCACAAUCCAAAUUAUGAUGGUCUUUGAAGGGUUUAAGGAAAUACUAAACAUCCAAAAGCUCCGCAGAAUCGUGUCUUAUACUGGGUUCUACUGCUUCUCAGCCCUUGUAGCCUACGCUUAUACAAGCAAUACAACUAGAGCUGGGUUUUCGAGGGCUGAUCAAUAUUAUGCAUCAUACCCUGCUGGAACUGAACUAUUAACCGACACUACUAAGUUAUACAAAGCUGCGCUGGGAAACUGUUUCGAAUCGGAAGAGUGGAGCCCGAUUGAGUAUUGCAUCAUGGCUAAGCACUUUGAACGUCAGGGAAAAUCGCCUUAUGCUUAUCAUGCUCAAUAUAUGGCACACCUUCUGUCUCAUGGAGAACUCGAUGGAAGUGGCUAGCAUAUAAUGUGAAUCAGCCGCCUGGGAAAUUAGUUAAACUCUACGCAUCUUUUGAUCUUAUCAGACGAUGAAAGGCCAUUGGGAUUCUCAUUUUAUGAGAUGCAAGCAACACUACCAACAAUUUAGAUCAUCUUCAAUUGGUUUAUGAAAUCAUUCAAUGCCUUUCUUUCUUUGUGCUGAAUCAGAUGGAAUCUUUUUUUUCGAUAAAUAUCUGGACUUCUAUUAUCCCUUAUGUCAAAUUUAUCAUCUCUAAGAGUAUAUGUAAAUGUUUCCCUAAAAGAAGAGUAUAUUUAUGUUGCA